AUGUCAUCAUUUUCAGCAACACCGUCCCAACCUUAUCCAAUGAAAAGCUCUCUUUCAAGCCGAAGGAACUCAAGGGUUGUUUUCUCGGGACCUCCAAGCUUCUCCGAUCAUACGGCCAGCAACGACUUUUCCUACUUCAUCUCUCCCACUACGGUCCAUCACCAACAUCAUCAUGGGUUCUCUUAUAAAAUUUCAACACCUCAACAACAACAGUCUUCUUUCACCACACCUCAUGGUAUCAUCAACCACCUUUCAAGAGAUACAAUUCAAGAAAAUACAUUCGCUGACAAACAAAAUAAAAACAGUGACCACGCUCCCACUCCGAAUGCUGAGGAGGAGUCCAUUACAUUCAUGAAUAGCAACACAAUCAUUUCGGAAGAUCAACAAUGUUUCCUUGAAAAUAAUGCACCGUCCAAACCCUUAUCGGAAAAGCGUUUUUCUAAAACUUCAAAUUCUAUCAACAGCAUGAAAAAGUAUGUAAUUAGUAGGGGAGAGAUAAUGAAUUAUACUUCACCAAGAGGAGCCCCUCUCGCUAAAAGAAAGCACAAUAUAAUGACUGAGUUUCAUCCGUUACCUUCAACUCUGGCGCUUGUACCAAUAACCAACACAACAACCUUCUUUAUGAAACUGCAUUGCUCGUUUUGUGGAGGAAAAAAUUGUAAAUACGAAGAUUAUUUAAAAACUCCCCCAAACGAAAGUCAACUUAAAGAAUUGCAAAAAACAAGUUUAAGCAACCUAUUGGGGACACCACGACGGCGACGAAAGUAUUGGGCCAUUGAGGGCUUAAAUUCACAUUACGUUCUUGACAAUAUAAUUGCCUCGCAACGACCGUCCUCAAGAUUGGUUCAAAAACAUCACAUUGUUGACCAAUUUAAAAAACAGAAUAUUGUAGCUGUAGUUAAUCUUCAAGAACGAGGAGAGCAUCCUUAUUGUGGAGACGGAAUUUUGGAAAAAACUGGUUUUUCCUAUGACCCUGAGGAAGACUUUAUGAAAAACAAGAUUUCAUAUUAUAAUUUUGCAUUUCCAGACAUGAGUAUUCCAAACUUUGAUGAAAUGUUGGCUAUUGUAAAGGCAAUGAAAAUGGACGGAGAAAAAGGAAAGGUCUUGGUUCAUUGUCAUGCAGGCCUUGGAAGAACGGGGCUAGUCAUUUGUUGCUACUUAGUGUACACCAAGCAUUUUUUCUCUUCGCGGAAAGCCAUAGAAUUUGUGAGAAGCAAACGACCUGGAAGCAUUCAAACCAAGUCCCAAGUGAAAUUUGUAUAUGAUUUUUUAGCAUUCCUAAUGGAAAAUAGAACAGUUUUUGUGUGCAAAUCUUUGAAAUCAGUUAUGGACAAGCAAAGGAUCAUUGCAUGCGGCUCUGAAUAUUUGCUGCUACAACGAGUUCCAAAGCUUGUUCAUGAAACGUGUAGCAAAAUGUCACACAUUAUUUUCGCAACUCAGGACUUGUCUCAAUUUUUAGUGAACUUCUUUACAUUCAAUCCUGACUCACUGUUUCAAAAAAUUGAAGCUUUCAAGGAGAGUUUGAAUCAUGAUGACUGGACCUCACUGCGAAAAUGCAAUUCUUUUCCGACUCUAGUGUAUUUGUUAUUGGAUUGGUUCGAGGUAUUCAGUGAACCUAUCAUAUUUACCAAAGAUUUGAAUCCAAGCUGUGCCGAUGAAUUAGGUCCCUUAUUGCUUGCAAAGAAUAGAUUUGUUGAAGUGGAAAUCAUCAACACUUUAGUGAGAACGUUUUCACAAUUAUACAGACGAUUAACUCAUCAUUCUCUUGUGGACUCCUUAAUGUUGUUAAUAUUUUCCAAGAUGUGUAAGGUUUCGUUGGACUGCAAGGAUCCAAUUUUCAUGUCAUUUCAAAAACAAAUGAAGAAGGGGACCACCAUUAAGGUGUAA